AUGCCAUCUUGGGUCCCAGGAACUGCCUCCUCACUUGGCUUCUCUCCCCCUGCCCUGCCCCCAGAGAGGGACUCCGGGGACCCUCUGGUGGACGAGAACCUGAAGAGACAGGGCUUUCAAGAAAAUUACGACGCGAGGCUCUCACGGAUCUACAUCGCCCACACGCUAAGGGAGCAGGUCCAGGAGCUUUUCAAUAAAAAAUACGGCUCCGUGAUCAUUGAGGGGCUGCCCCCGGGAAUCCCGUUCCGAAAGCCCUGCACUUUCGGCUCCCAGAACCUGGAGAGGAUUCUUGCCGUGGCCGACAAGAUCAAGUUCACAGUCACCAGGCCUUUCCAAGGACUCAUCCCAAAGCCUGAUAUUAAGCAGCUUUCUCAAGGCCACACAGCAUAGUCGGUUUUCAAACCUCAGAAGCAACAGCAGGACCGGGCACAACCGGAUAAAGAUGACGCCAACAGACUCGGGGAGAAGGUGAUCCUGCGGGAGCAGGUGAAGGAACUCUUCAACGAGAAAUACGGUGAGGCCCUGGGCCUGAACCGACCAGUGCUGGUCCCUUAUAAACCGAUCCGGGACAGUCCAGAUGCCGUGGAGGUCACGGGCCUGCCUGAUGACAUCCCCUUCCGGAACCCCAACACCUACGACAUCCACCGGCUGGAGAAGAUCCUGAAGGCCCGAGAGCACAUCCUCAUGGUCAUCAUUAACCAGCUCCAACCCUUUGCAGAAAUCUGCAAUGAUGCCAAGGUGCCAGCCAAAGACAGCAGCAUUCCCAAGCACAAGAGAAAGCGGGUCUCGGAAGGAAAUUCCAUCUCCUCUUCCUCCUUGUCUUCCUCUUCCUCAUCCUCUAACCCGGAUUCAGUGGCAUCAGCCAAUCAGAUCUCACUCAUGCAAUGACCAAUGUACAUGGUGGACUAUGCUGGCCUGAACGUGCAGCUCCCCGGACCUCUUAACUACUAG